GCAGAAUCCUUGCAAUUUGACUUGGCCACCAUUAGAGUUUCCACAGAUGACUUUUCUGAAGCAAAUAAACUUGGACAUGGGGGAUUUGGAUCUGUUUACAGGGGUAGGCUUCUCAAUGGAGAAGAUAUAGCUGUAAAAAGACUCUCCACAAAUUCUGGGCAAGGAGAUUUAGAAUUCAAAAAUGAGGUCUUAUUAGUGGCUAAACUUCAGCACCGGAAUUUAGUUAGACUCUUAGGUUUCUGCUUAGAAGGAAGUGAAAGGCUUCUUGUCUAUGAAUUUGUCCCUAAUGCAAGUCUCGAUCACAUCAUAUUUGACCCAACAAAGCGUGCACAACUAGAUUGGGUGAGGCGCUACAAAAUCAUAGUAGGCACUGCUCGAGGCCUCCUUUACCUCCACGAAGACUCUCGCCUUAAAAUUAUUCAUCGUGAUCUCAAAGCUAGUAACAUCUUGAUAGAUGCAGAAAUGAACCCCAAAAUUUCAGAUUUUGGCAUGGCAAGGUUGUUCGUGCUUGAUCAAACGCAAGGCAAUACUAGUCGGAUUGUUGGGACCUAUGGGUAUAUGGCUCCAGAGUAUGCAAUGCAUGGGUACUUUUCUAUUAAGUCCGAUGUCUACAGUUUUGGCGUGUUAGUUCUAGAGAUAGUCAGUGGACAAAAAAAUAGUGGCUUCCAGCAUGGAGAAAAUGCGGAGGAUCUUCUAAGCUUCGUAAGUGAAAAUAUAAUAUAGUUUUGGUAUCUCAAUACAAUUUAG